AUGGGUUCAACCGCAAAGCAGUUCGAGAAGCUCACGCCCCCCAAGCGAUUCAUUACGACGCACCGCGAUGAUGGCAAAGCCGUAUUCGAGGAGCGGUUCGGCGAGGAGACGGAGAUGGUAACCAUGCCCGACGGCAUCGCAUUCGGGCUCGACUUCACGAGCAAGGGCAUCCCGAUCAACAUGGCGCAAGACAAAGACCUCGACGUGUACAGCAACUAUCUGAAGAACCCGCCGGGCCUUACCAUCUCGAACGGCAACGUCCUCCGUCAUGUCGACAUCCCGCCGAGCAUGGAGUGCACCAUGCACCGCACUGUCAGCUUGGACUACGGCAUUGUACUUGAGGGCCAGAUAGAUCUGCUGCUCGACAGCGGCGAGCAGCGCACGAUGAAGGUCGGCGACGUCGCGAUUCAGCGCGGCACGAUGCACCAAUGGAUCAACAGGGACACGGAGAAGUACUGCCGCAUGCUGUUCGUGCUGGUGGACAGCGAGCCGCUCGUUAUUGCAGGGAAGAAGCUGGGCGAGGAGCUGGAUGCGAUGCCGGGCGUGAAGCCGUCGGAAUAG